AUGGACUUGGACUGGAACAAUGCCGCGGCGAUGUUCGGCCUGGGCGACCCUCGGCAGCCGUCCCACGCCGGAGAGGUAGAUGAUGAUAACGACGACGACUUCUACGGAGCCGACGCGCAGGCAGGUGUAAGUACGCGACCGAGCGCAUCCGUGGAUGGACUGACUUUCGAACUCGACACACAGGCAACUGUUGCCCCCACCUCCGUCGGACAGGAACAGAAACAGCAAACCCCAAUCCCAAUUCAACAACACCUGACUGCUGAGGCGAGAGCGGAGAAUCAGCGCAGAGCUGAGAUCCUGCGCGCCAAGUUACUCGCCAGUCGGCAGAGCACUCCUUCCAGCAAGGCAAACGGCCCGGCAGGAACGCCUGCCGCCAGAUCAAAAGAGACGCCUUCUGAGUCAGUGCCUCCCGGACAGCAAGAGGCACCUGCCCAAACAGUCAAACAACAGCCACAGGCAGGGAACAUGAUGGUGAACAACGUAGAGCCGCCGAGUGGCAUGUCUGGCGUCGAGGCUCUCCUCAACGCCGGAAAGGCGGCUGCGGAUGCUCAGACUGCAGCUCUCGCAGCGCAGAAGACUCCACACCCAAAGGAGCCUGCUCAGAACAACAUCAACGGAACUUCCAACAUUCAAAACAAACACAGCAAAGAGGGGGACAAAUCGGUCAAGGCUCACAGCGUUCCUGAGACGCCAAAGAACCCUACUCAGAACCCAACUCGUCCCACUAACCUCUCCAAUACCUACUACGCUGAUCUGCCAGCUUGGCUCGAGAUAACAGGCUAUCACGACGUCGAAUACCGAACCUCGAAACUGCGGACGUACAGGGCCCGCAUCGAACUCGAGAAGGAGCAGGUUCGUAUCCAGGAGCAGCUGGAGAAACUGAGGCAGGAAGAACAAGCGCAGCUGUCGCUGAGGUGAGUGAAGUGAGGAUCCCCUUCUCUACGAUGCUGAUCUUCGUAGGACUGGAACGCCUAUGCAAACCACCACCAUGGCUCCACCGCCUCUGCCUUCCACUAUGCCAGCCGAGAAAGCUCCGCCCAAGGCCAAUGGCCUCAAACGCGAGCAUUCUCCUGGCGGUCUCCCUGCAGAGAAGUCAAGACGCCGAGACGACAAUAGCGGCUUUCGCAUCCGCGGAGCCAUGGAUUCGCCAGACAACUCUCGACCAGGCACGGCUCGCCAGCCUCAGACUCCUACUCCGACCGAAUCUGAGCGCCGCCUCAGCUAUCCUGAAGAGCGACGCCGCUCCUUCGACGAGUACAAUGGAUCGAGGAGCAGAGAUUCAUCUCUCGAACGUCGCCAAUCGUACUAUCGCCGUGAAGGUGAAGCCUACGACCACUACGCGCCUCGUCAGCCUUCUCGCAAGAGUUCACGCGGUGCCUUUGGCGGCAACAACCGCAACAACUCAUACCCUCGGCAGCCGCAGCAGCCUCAGUAUCGGGGCAGCGCCGCUCUCGAUUUACGCAAAGGCGGUCAGUCCAACCCCCGUCCCCGUUAGAGCCACCCUUCAGACUCCCACGGCGCCCUCUUUCUUUGCAAUUGGCACUUAGCAGCAGCAAGCAACAGCAGUUGCGGGUCGCCGGAGUGGCAGCUCGUCGUGGCUGCUCGGCGUUUGGAAGUUGGGCUUGAAUAGGACAGAGAUACCCUCGUAAAAGCUUGUGUUUGGUCUUUGCGCGUCUUCUUCUGCUUCACUUCGAUGAAAUGGUCUGAUUAACUUUCAGGUGUUCGAUAUUUCAUGAUCAAAUCCUGGAACCAUGAAAACGUAAUUGCAGCCCAGCGAGAGAACGUGUGGGCGACACAGGAGAAGAACGAAGAGCUCCUCGCCAAAGCCUUCAACACAUCUCGGCGAGUCAUAUUGCUCUUCAGCGUCAACAAGAGCAUGGCGUUUCAGGGCUAUGUAAGUCCACCUGCCCAUAGAUCCUGUCUUUCCUCUGCAGUCAAUUCACGCAACCCUCUUCAACAGGCUCUCAUGACCUCAGCCCCUGAUCCGCGGAUGGCGAAGCCUUCUUGGGCGAGCAAGCUGAACUGGGGUACCUCCGCUGCGUUUUCUCUUCGCUGGUUCUCUACUACUCCCAUUCCUUUCUGUUUGGUCGGUCAUCUCAAAAAUCCGCUCAACCUCGACGAAAAUGGAGAGGCAAGAGCUGUUCUUGUGGGCAAGGACGGUCAGGAAAUUGCCCCUGACGCUGGCAUGGGUGUUGUCUGGGCUCUUGAUGAAGCGGAAAUUGCUGACGCGGAGCCAAGGUAG